AUGCAAUCGGUGCAAAAAUGCAAGCCUGUGAAACUUAGUAAAAAGACAUAUUCAAAGAACAAUUACAAUUAUGUCAUCAGGGCAAGAGUGAAAGAGAUCAAGACUAGAAAUCAUGACCUGAGCGCUAUCGUGGAAGUCAAAGACAUCUUGAAGUCUUCUCUGGUCAACAUCCCUCGAGACACUGUCACUCUUUAUUAUAAUUCUGGGUGUCUGUGUCCUCCGCUAGCAGCUAAUGAGGAAUAUAUCAUCAUGGGUUAUGAAAAUGAGGAAAGACUGCUGCUCAUUGACGGAUCCAUUGCACAGAAGUGGAAAGAAAAAGUGGGACGGAAAGUGAAGGACUGGGACAGGAAUUUGCAUAAGGAGAAAAGAGUAAACUCAGAUAAGAGCAAAACAAGACGGAGACACUAACUGUCCUUAGAAAAACCACAAGGACAAGCCCAAGGAGGAGAAGAGGUUCAAAAAACUGAAAAAUUGCACUAUUGUACUUUUUUUUUUUUUUUUUCAUUUUUGGCUGAGACUGUUUUUUAGUUGUUUGCUUUGUUUUAUUGUCGUUAUAUAUU